CACCACCAGCACUGUGGACGCUAUCAGGAUAGAGUCAGUAAAAGUCCCCUCACACCAGGUGGCGGGAAUGUCGGUGGAACUGGAGUGUAACUUCGACGAGGAAGGUGACACUCUCUACUCCGUCAAGUGGUACCGCGGCGAGGAUGAGUUCUUCCGCUACAUCCCUGCUGACACGCCCAAGAUGCAGAUUUUUGACCUCCCGGGCAUCGCUGUGGACACGGCACUGAGCGAUGCGCGUAAGGUCACCCUCAGGACGGUCAGCCUCCGCUCCUCCGGCAAGUACAAGUGUGAGGUGUCGGCCGACUCCCCGUCCUUCCACACCGAGUACCUCACCGGAGAGAUGCUCGUUGUUGAUCUGCCCGACGAGGUGCCCACCAUUACCGGGGGUCAGUCCAAGUACCAUGUGGGAGACGAAGUACAUGUCAACUGUACCUCAGCCCGCUCACGCCCAGCUGCCUCCCUCAUGUGGUACAUCAACGACAAACAGGCCGAGACAGGGAAUCUGGUGGAAUACACACCUGUCAACGAUACAGACGGACUUGAAACUUCGCGCCUGGGGCUGAAAUUCGUUGUGGGCGCCCGACAUUUCAACUCAGGAGAGAUUCGUCUGAAGUGCACCGCCACCAUCGCCGCCGUGUACUGGCAGAGCUCGGAGGAGUCGGUGGAGGGCCAGGAACAGCAGACCGGCCCCGCCCUGGAGAGUAAAGGUGUCUACACGGGUGGGAGUGAGUGCAGCAUCCCCUACUCCUGGGCCUCCUGCCUCUUCGCGUUCCUGGCCACGGCCUUUCACCUGCUCAUUAACUUGUAAACCACCUCCUCACCUUGGAAAGUACCCGCUAGUAGCAGUGUGACCUCGCUAAGCCUAGUCUCGGGUCACCAAAAGAGGGCAGCGCUCACAAGGUCAGGCCAAACUAAAACAAAAAAUAAUAAAACAAAAUAAAAAGAAAGAAGAAAAACAAGAGGUCACUAGUCAGGUUGUACACACAGCCUGGUCGGGCAAAAUUAGAAACAUGAAGAGAAGGGAAGACAGUGCGGACACGCCUGGAGUCCUGUUGAACUACUAAGUCUCAUCAGAACCUGCUCAACUCACGCGUGGACCGACACUCAGGACGCCAGCUGUGUUUAUGCGUGUGUGUGUGUAUUAGUAGUAGUGGUGGUGGUGGUGUGGCCUGGAACUUGUCCUACAAUUUUAAAAGAUGGUUGGCUCGGCUCUUGAUGUUAGCGAGGUACCGCUAUACGAGUUAGCCAUUUGAUAUAUAACGAGAUUGGAGAGAUUUUAUCGGUUAUAGCAUUAAGUUUUAUAUAUUACGGAACGUCGGCGCUUUGGCUCUAGUUAUCUCCCAGCCAAGUGUAACCCUCCCCCUUCCCUUCUCCAGACACUCUCCCUUUACACUUCCUUACCUUCCCCUUGUCUCUCCCUCUCCCUCCCUCCCUCUCACGCCCUUUAGGAGUGGUGGAAGUGCUCGGAAAAUGUUUAUAACAGAUCUUGAUGUUUGAGUACGCAUGUUGUGUGGAUACAAAUUGCAUAAUUAUAUUUUGAGAAAAUGUAACAUUUAUACAUGUAUAUGUGCUUUUUGUUGUAGUUUCUACGGAUGUCUCUCUCUCUCUCUCUCUCUCUCUCUCUCUCUCUCUCUCUCUCUCUCUCUCUCUCUCUGUUUCCAACUAUUGACUUGUAUAUUCGUUUCUCUAUUUGCCUCCCCACAUCAACUUAUUUUGUAACACAAAUGGGAGUUCCUUAACUAUGAACAAGCCAGUCAAGAAUAUGUGGAAAUUAAUAUACUGUAUAUUUCCUUGUAAGGCGAGAGAACAAAAUUUUAAAGUUACUAACUAUAUUUAUAAAAUCUUGUUCACAGUUCCUUUUUAUUGUGAUGAUGGCCACGAGGAACACAACUCAGAGAUGAGUCUCCCAUGUGUGCAUUACAACUCAACGCGUUCGCCAUUAAUAAAUAAAUGCGCCUUUAUAUUGUGAAAACAAAAAUAAUCUUUCUACGGUUGAAAGUUUUUUCGCCUGUGCCAUUUUGAGUGUUUAUUUCAGCCGUCGUCGAUGUGGUGAGUAUCGACCACUUUAUUAAAGGUAACAUUGUGAUAACAUGUAUCACUUAUUCCUGUUUCAUGAGAAACUUGGAUUAAAAAAAUACAAAAAAAGUGACAAAUGAACUUUUGUAUUAGCUUAGAAAAGUCCUGAAGUCAAAUUUUUUUGGGGGGGAAGUUUGUUUUACACAGGUGCGCGGCGCGGCUCUGAGUGGCCGCUAUAGUUUAUUGCUAGUGCAGAGAAACAAUACAAUCUUCCAGUUGUUUAUCAUUGUCGACUUGUUACAAUGAUGAUGGUGUAUCAGUAAGUCAUGUAAGCAUGUACAUAAAUCUAUAAAUAUAUUAUAAAUGAAUUAUCAUGAUAUGUGUUGUUAUAAUGCCAAUGAUUACAGAUUAUGUAGAAGUUUAUAUACUCACUUCAGUCAUUUAUUUCCUGUUGGCCAUAAGACGCUCAGCCAAUCCUCACUAACUCUCAGCAGUCUUUUUUUUUUACUUUUUUUUUACCAUAAUUUGCUUUUAUAAAUAUUGUCGUUAUAAAUAUUGUAUAUGACACAUCGUAGCUGAGAGACAGAUUGUCUGAGUUAUUGAGGCGUGGUGUUUCAGUCCAUGCCUCCGCUACACCUAGAAGCAUUCACGUGAUCACAGUACCGAUGAUUAUUGGCUGAGGAGUAGUAAACGUCACAGCCACACAUCCAAUCAUCAAAGGUUAAGUUGUCAACAAAGGCGGUGACUUGGUGAUGGCUAUCCAAUGUUCCAGGCCAUGCAAUUAUUCUUAUUAUGACUGUCGCGCAUAUCGCCAAGGUUCCUCUCACGACGACGCAGCUUAGAAAACAAAAACAAAACAAAAACAUAUCAGAACUUGUGGUGGUGGCGGAGGUGUGUGCCAGAGAUGCUGAGGCAGUUGACAUAUAGGUGUUAAGUAGUAACAUGAUUUGUGUCAUGGAUAUUUUUCCGGAGCCAUAUUUGCCGGGUUUCUCCCUACUUUGUGCAUCUAGGAAAGGGAUAAUAAUUCACUUCUUAUUGGUACAUAUGGCUUGCUUUGUGAAUGCUGACGUGAACUAAAAAAAAAGGCUGUUGUACUUUGUAUUUUUGUAAUUUAGUUCAUAAUUGUCGCUUAGGUGGCACACUGCACUGUCCUCACGCCAGUAUAUGCCUGGAGUCCUUCACUUGAAAUAUAUUUCAGUAAUAUUUCA